CCGGCCUCGUUCCUCACACCCUCACGUCCUCCGUCUGCUUGCAGUUGCUCGCCGCCUAUAUAAUCUCCCUCUACUGACCGUACCUCUUUGCGGCCCCGGUUCUGUAACCUACGAGGAGUCACUAGCAGCGGAUCCCAGAAUCUCGUCUGACUCAGCGCCACUCGCUCCGCCUUCCUUCGCCGAAUAAAAAGCUUAGACGGGCGCUCUGCAGCACACCGCGGUUCCUCUCCUCCGGCUUUUGUCUUUGUUUUUAUGACCACGACCGCCGCGACGACGCCCGCCACAGCAUCCACAUCCGGACCCAGCGCAGAACCCGCUCACACUCCAAAUCAGGGUCAGCCCCGCAACCCGAGCGCGCCGUCGAGGGACCGCCGACACGGCCAAGGUAGUCGCCGCCGACCGCCUCGGAACGAUGGAAGCGGCGCGUCGAACGUGAACGUGAACGUGAACGCCGGCGGAGGACCGGCUCACCAUCCGCAAACGGCGAGGGGCGGAAGACGCGGAGGAGGCAGAGCGCGCGGGGGAGGAGGAGGAGGAGGAGGAGGAGGGGGCGGGGGUCAGGGGCGCGGCGCGCCCGAUGGGUCCGGGUCGCCCAGCGCCGGCGAGCGCUCGCACCCCCCCGGCGAUCACCAGAGCUGGCGAGACAGAUCCGCGCGGCCCGCGAGGACGACGGACGGUCAACAGCCCCGCCGCGGCGGGCAUCGCGCCGCCCGGUUCAACGCCUCCCUGACGACUCAACCCGCCCCUCAAGGAUCCCGAGCCGCCAACGACGAUGACGACGAGCCGGCAAAGCCGCCCGCGCCGGACCGCUACGCGCUCCCCGCCGCGCCCGAAGCCGACGACCUCACCUCGCGCCUGACGCGCGCCCUGCGCACGCCGCCCUACCCGGACUGCCCGAUCUGCUUCAACCCGAUCCACCCCGCGCAGCCGAUCUGGUCGUGCUCGCCCUCCGCCUCCCUCCCCGCUUCUUCUUCCCUCGACGACACCGGCCCGGGAGGAGAGGCCGGGGGGAGCGGGGCGCGGUGCUGCUGGACGACGUUCCACCUCAAGUGCAUCCGCGCGUGGGCGGACAAGAGCGUGAAGGACGUCGCGAACGCGUGGCGCGCCCGGGGGGAGAGCAGGCCCGGCGAUUGGCGAUGCCCCGGAUGCCAGUCGAAGCGGCUCGCGGUGCCCGUCUCGUACUGGUGUUUCUGCGGCUCGACGCCCGACCCGAAACCGCUCCGGCUGGCGACGCCGCACUCGUGCGCGAACCCUUGUUCCCGCGCGCGCGCGUGCGGCCACCCCUGCGCGCUCUCGUGCCACCCCGGGCCGUGCCCACCGUGCCAAGUCACGACGCAGUUGCCGUGCUACUGCACCAAGCAGGCACUCUCCUACCGCUGCGCGAACCUGACCCCGUCCACCAAGAAGAGCAUCGACGCCGGCGCGGCCGACCUCUCGUGCGGACAGACCUGUGGAAAACCGCUGGCGUGCGGAAACCACGCGUGUGAGAGGAAGUGCCAUCCCGGACAGUGCGGGAAGUGCGAGGUGAAGGAGGUGGCGAGGUGUUAUUGCGGGAAGGAGGAGAGGGAGAUUCCGUGUGGCGAGGGCGUGGAGAGGGAGUGCGCGACGGAGGUGGAGCGGUGGGUUGGGAGAUUCGAGUGCGGCAAUACAUGCGAUCGAUUGUUCGACUGCGGCAUUCACCGCUGUUUGAAGCCAUGUCACCCGCCGUCGCCGACCUUCUCUCCCUGUCCACUCUCUCCAGCUCUCAACACGCACUGUCCGUGCGGAAAACAUGCCCUUACUCCCAACUCCAUCGACUUCUUCCCACCGUCCACGAAGCUCCCCCGCACCGCCUGCACGGAUCCCCUCCCCACCUGCACCUCGCUCUGCCUCAAGCCCCUCUCCAGCUGUUCGCACGUCUGCUCCUCACCGUGCCACACGGGUCCGUGCCCACCAUGCACGAUCAUGGUCGUACGCCCAUGCCGAUGCGGCGCGACAACCAGGGACGUCCGGUGCUCCGACAUCCAGUCAUCCUCCGGCGAGAUCGAGGUCCUAUGCGACAAGCCGUGCUCCGCGCUCCGCGCCUGCGGCCGGCACCAAUGCAACCGGCUCUGCUGCCCGCUCGCGGGCCUCUCCGGGCCCAAAGGCAAAGGCAAGAAACGCGCCGCCGCCGAGCCCGAGGACGAGGGCGGGCUGCACGCGUGCGACCUCCUCUGCAACAAGCCGCUCGCGUGCGGGAACCACCGGUGCGAGGAGCGCGAUCACCGCGGGGCGUGCCCGCCGUGCCUCCGGAGCUCGUUCGACGAGGUGCGCUGCGCGUGCGGCCGGACGGUGUACGAGCCGCCGGUCGCGUGCGGGACGCGCGUGCGCUGCGCGUACCCGUGCGCGCGCGCGCCGCCUCCCUGCGGCCACGGGCGCACGCCGCACGCGUGCCACGGCGACGACGCGCCGUGCCCGCCGUGCCCGUAUUUGACCAGCAAGCGCUGCGCGUGCGGGAAGGCGACGGUGGGGAACGUCAAGUGCGCCCAGGCGAGCGAGAAGGUGUCGUGCGGCGCCGCGUGCGGGCGCUUGCUCGGCUGCGGGUACCACAAGUGCGCGCGGACGUGCCACGCGGGCGAGUGCGGGGCGUGCACGGCGGCGUGCGGCAAGGCGCGGAAGCUUUGUCUCCCUGCGCACCAUUCGUGCACGCAGCCGUGCCACGCCCCCGCGUCGUGCGACGAGAGCGAGCCGUGCCAGACGUCGAUCACGAUCACCUGCCCGUGCGGACGCAUCCGGCAGGCCAUCCAGUGCGGCCGGAGCACGGCCAACCCGGCGGGCCGCGAGUCGUCGGUGCAGAUCAAGUGCUCGAACGAGUGCGCGAUCGCGAAGCGGAACGCGCGCCUGGCGGAGGCGCUCGGCAUCUCGUCGAGCGAGGCGAAGAGCGUGACGUACCCCAAAGAGCUCGUCGCGUUCGCGAAGGCCAACCCGGGCUUUCUGAGCAUCGUGGAGAAGGCGUUUUCCGAUUUCGUCGCCUCGGAGAAGAAGACGCAGGUGCUGCCGCACAUGCCGCCCGACCGCCGCAAGUUCGUGCACGACCUCGCGGCCGUCUACCGCAUGGACACGCAGAUGGUCGACCAGGAGCCGCGGCGCAGCGUGCAGCUCAUCCGGCGCGUCGACACCCGCGUCCCGACGCCGGUCCUCUCCGCGGCGCUCCCUUCGUCCAAGGUCGCGCCGGCGCCCGCCCCCGCCCUGGGACGCCUCACCGACCUGCGCAAUCUCAAGAAGCCGUCGGCGCCUGCUGCUGCUGCCCCCGCCCCAGCCCCUCGGCCGGCGUCGGUCGGUCGGGGAUGGACGUCGGUGGUGGCGCGGCCGACGCCGGUGGCGGUAUCGAGCGCGCCGCCGCACACGGCCGCCUCGAGCGGGCAGCGUAGUCAGCGGCCGGACGGCGCGGCAGCGCGCGCCGUCGUCGGUACAGGCCAGCCAGCGUCGGAAGAACAUAUACCGGACAGCUGGGAGGAUGAGUCCUAAAAACAAGUCAGUAGUAACGGAGAUGAUCUCCAGGGAAGGCGUGUGCAUAGAGAGGACUGCGUUGCGUUUACAUACAACUCGCUCAUAAUAGGACGCAGUCGGAGGUGUACUUGACACUCGGUAAUAGCACGUAUCUAUUAACUGCCCACUGC